UUUUCGACCUUUCAUUGAUUGCUUUCUCUAUGUUUCGUGAUUUUCUCGUGGUAUUUUUAUCUGGGUUUUGUGAAUUUGUUUUGUUUUUGUGAAAAAAUGGGUGCCUUUUGACGGUUGACUGUGUUUAAGUUAUGAUGAUCUUAAAUUAAGUUAUCAUUAGAGGUUUCGUUUGUUAGAUAUGAAGAAUGGAUUGGAUAAGGGGGUUUUCGAUUAGUCAUUGUAAUGAUAUCCCGUUUUUCAUUAGGAGAAUAUUAAAAAACUAAAACUAAAAAGUGUGUGUGUGUGUAGCGCAUUUCGAGUUUAUUUGGAUGAUGCUUAAUUGGUGAAAUCCUUUUGCCUCGACUUGAUAAACGAAGAAUAGAUGAUGCUGCAAGUGGAGCAAUUUUUAUCAUUUAAUGGUUAAAACCGUUAAAUAAGCACCAUAACAUGUUAGUUAGGAUCUUAGUUUGGUUAGGCUGUGAAUAUAUGUUGUUUUGGAAGCUUGGUAAUGCUUCACAUUUUGCACCCUUUAGAAUCCUGCACUUGAUGCCAUAUCUGGAUGUCAAGAGGAUUUCAAUUGUGUAUGAUCUAUUUAUGGAAAACAAAAUGCGUUUCACAGUUGUUUUUGGUUUAUGAUUGAAUUUGUUGCUUAAUGUGGUGGGAUGUAUGAACAUCUUUAUUGUUUUGCACUUUGUGAUGAUUAUACUUUGUUGGUCUUCACGAUGAUUUUUUGUUGUUUUUUGCUUAAAAUGAUCUUCUUUUUUGUCCUCUUCUUAGCAUUCAAGCUUCACUAAAGUCGAGCUACUUGGAUGUUGUAUCCCCUUUGGUAUUGACAAAAUUUUGACAGCAUAUAACUGAAAUGUAUAUAUUCCAUUUUGUUUAAACACUGUCAAAGGUUGGUUCAAAACCAUACUCGUAUAAAGGAACCAACCAGGCAACCAAGUGUGGAGUUUGGCCACUUCAUCCUUGGAUGGCAUAUGAUGUAUGUUAAAGGCAUUUUUAGUAAAUGGCGAGGCUAUCACACCCCAAACCAUUUGCAGAAGGAACAUUCUAUAAGUAUCAUGCAUGAUGCUCUCAAGUAGCAUGAGAACUUGGGAAGGCAUCCUUGUCCAUGGAAAGUGACUGAUUUUCGGAUGCUUUGAUCGAUCAAGUAGCUUAUGUGCAUGUCUGUAUAAUUGAGGUUAUUACUGUACCAACUUUGGACCUAAUUGUCAGACAUUUUUCUUUGCGCACACAUAUACAAACAAUGUAUAUUUGCAUGCCUAUAAGUUGUCACAAGGAUUGUUAUAUGACAGUAGAUAAGCCUUCUAAGUGAGAUCGCAAACAGCAGUUUUCUAUAUUUUGGUAAUUGUCAAAGUGAGACUUGGACAGUAACAUGCUUAAAAUAUUUCUUGAUGAUAGCUCAGCAUAUCAGGCUGUAUUGUGCUUUCACUUUUCUCAUUCUGUCCAACAAAUGUUGUUUGGGGUUUUAAUGGGAUGCAAGUGCUCUGACUACAUGUUUUGCCUCUGCUCUUUUAUUCAGUCUUUUCACUGCAGGCAUGGGAAAGCUUAUCUCUUCAAUAAGGUAGCGAAUGUAUUUGUGGGAGAGAAGGAAGAGAGAAUGAUGAUUACCGGGCUGCAUACCGUUGCUGACAUUUUCUGUGUCGGGUGUGGAUCAAUUGUGGGUUGGAAAUAUGAGACUGCACAUGAAAGGAGUCAGAAGUACAAGGAAGGAAAAUCUGUGCUUGAGCGGUUUAAGGUGUCUGGUCCUGAUGGAAGCCAUUAUUGGGUGAAUCAUGAACACCACCACAUCGGUGGAAGUGAUGCAGACGAUGUUUGAUCGUCUGUCUUGCCGUUUUAUAUUGUACAUUCUUCUCUUCUGAUCCUAUUUAACCAUCGACUAUGAAAAACUGAAUUCCUCAUUUGGACAGCUCUGUCAACCAGCUGUCAAUAAUUGGUUCUAAACAUGGAUUGUUGAUUCUGAUGAACUCAUAUCCAGUUUCGUACGUCAGUUCAUGUAGAUAACAAUUGUUGAAUCUUUAAUUGCAAUUUCAGUGGUCCAUGAGAACAAA